AUGGAGCAAAUCCUCGCUGGAUCUCUGCUUUCCACCAAAAACACUGCCCGGACAUGCAUUUUUUCUAAGCAGUGGUUACGUGUAUGGCCUUUGAUUCCUGCAUUGGACAUUGAUGAGGUUGAGGAUAAGAAUAAUGAGGAUGAUGAGGAUGAGCAGGCACGCCUUGCAAAAAACGGGAUUCGACAUCAAAGGUUCAUGAACUUCUUGAGCAUGUGUUUGAAGCGAUGUGAGAAAUAUAACAACACAUUAGACAAGUUCAGGCUUCGUAUGAGAUACUUUGGUGAUCGGAACUAUGAUGAUAAUGGGAUCGUAAGCAGGUGGUUGAGUUAUGCUGCUGAAAGAAACAGAAACGUUAAAGAGUUAGACAUCUGCUUCAUAUAUAUACCAGAGUUACCGGCAUACACCCCGUACCGCUUACCACGAACACUUCUCAUCAACAAUGCAGGAUCUUUAACCAUUCUAAAGUUGGAGAAUGUGAUGAUACAGGGCAGCAAUGACCCUACGAGCUUCCCAUGUUUGAGAACUAUGUCCCUCAAACUAGUGGAAUUCAGUAGCAACUUCGCAUUCUUGCAGUUAAUUUCCGGGUGCCCUUACAUAGCUUACUUGUCCCUCAAGCUAUGUACUGGCUUGUCACAGACUCUUAAACUUUCUAGUUUGAGCCUCGAAUCCUUGGAAGUUAUGCAUUGCGGCUCAGUGCGUUUUCAAAUUGAAGCUACGAAUCUUAAAUCUUUUAAACUACAUGGAGGGCUGUACAGCUGGGGCAACGUUGACAUUGCCUCUUGUAAAAAUGUUGAGAGUCUAGAGUUCUUUGAUACAUGCUUGACAGAAACAUGGCUUAGAGGCUUUGCUUCAACGUUUCCCCUCCUGGAGAAUUUGGUUUUACAUGACUACUGGGAAGGACGAAUGAAAAGUACCAAAAUCAUUCCAAACUUAUUGGAUGCUACAAUUUCAAUCCAUAUAGGGAGGGAGCCUAGCUCGUCUUGGAAUCAUCUUCGUCUGAUUAGAUUUCUUGAGAAUUUUGAUUGCUCCAGAAAAUUAAGUCUGCAUGCUGCUGCUCCUGAGGCUCUCAUCUUUCCAGAAGAAGUGAGAAGGUGCCCACCAUUACCAAACCUCGAGCAUCUUCAGGUAGAGAUUAGUUUUACAACCACAGUAAAGAUUUUCUCAUUGCUGAUGGACUCCUUGCAUUGGAUGGCACCAUCUGCGGCGGUUUCUAUCCACAGAACAGAUAUCGAUCCAUAUCCAGAAACAGAAUUACUCAAAACAAUAAUCGGUUCAUUUAUGAAAACUGAUCUUGGUGUUUGA